AUGUCGAAGCUCUCUCCGUCUCUGAAGGCUCUCAUCAACGCACCCUUUGCGCGCCCGGGGCAGGCUGCUGCGCCGUCGCAUAUUCGCGAAGUCUACCAGACGAUCGCAAAGGGUGCCGCGGAGAAGAACGUCGGCGCAAAGCCGUGGCUUGCCAUCUCGGCCGCCACAACAUUUACUCUUAACUCCCCCGAAUCUCUUGAAUCCCUCUACAGCGUCGCUUCGAACAGCGGCCGCCCCGACAAGCGCGAAACAGCCGAGUUCAUCCGCGAAAUCGGAUUGAAGUGCAUCAGCUUCAACGGCAUCCCGCGCACCAUCAACUGCCUGAAUGCAUUCUAUGCAAGCCUCCCGAAAGACGUUACCGCGCAACUGGAGACGAAGCCGACACGCGCACCCACCGCCGACAACCUCGGCGAGAUCAUAGCCCGCGGCCAGGGUCUUUGGGACUCAGUAUACGCACCGUUUGAAGUCAAGCUCUACGAGAAGCUUGCGCAGUCGCAUCCCGACUUGCCAGUCCACAUUCUCAACAGCCACUACGCGGGUCUGCUGUCUGAUCCCAAGGAGCGAGGGGGUCUUGCGACCACUGGCAGAGUCCUGACUUCUAUUGUCGCUAUUUCAUGCUUGAGAGCGCAAACAGGCGUCGGUCCGCAAGUUCUGUCGCACGUCUUUGGACUGAGAAAGGCUUUCGAGGACGGCACUUUCAAGGCAGACAACCAGGAGGACAUCGAGGGCGCGCAAUGGCUGGCGAGCGACGAGGGCAGCGAGUGGAUUCUGAAGUCGGUCGACAGCAUUACGGAGGCCAUCGGAGGCUCAAACUUUGCUCCAGCCUGUCAGUCCAAGUUGUAA